AUGAAGGAAGGUCGGCUGAAGCCCGACACCUUCCACGAGAAGCGGCUCCUCGGCCAGCCGGCGGGCGUCAACGUCAUGCUGGUUCUCUAUAGCCGCUUCCAUAACUAUGUGUGCGAUAUACUACUCAAGAUCAACGAGAACGGCCGCUUUACUCUUGCCUGCACUCCUGAAUCUAGCGCUGAAGACAAGGCCAAGGCUGUGGCAAAGCAGGAUCACGACAUCUUCAACACCGCCCGCCUUAUCGUUGGUGGUCUCUACGUCAACAUCUGCCUACAUGACUACUUGCGCGCCAUUACCAAUACCCACCAUUCCAAGAGUGACUGGACCUUGGACCCUCGGGUGGACAUUGGCAAGCAGUAUGACGGCGAGGGCGUCCCUCGUGGCGUGGGCAACCAGGUCAGCGUCGAGUUUAAUCUCCUGUACCGCUUUUACGCGUGCAUAUUAAAGAAGGACGAGGGGUGGAUUAACAACUUCUUCCUCAAGCUCUUCCCUGGACGGAAGCCAGAGGAGUUCGAGAACGUCAGCUGGACCGAGCUGGGUCAGGCUCUGGCGAGAUUUGAGGAGAGCAUUCCGAAGGAUCCUAGCGUCCGCACGUUCGACGGCCUGGAGCGCCAGAACGACGGCACCUUCAAGGACGAGGAUCUCGUGCGCAUCCUUAAGGAGGCCAUGGAAGACCCGGCGGGCAGGUUUGGCGCUCGGAUGGUGCCCAAGGCGCUGAAGAUCGUCGAGUUCUUCGGACUCAAGCGCUACGAGACGUUUACCGACAUUAAUUCCGACAAGAAUAUCGCCGAUAUUCUCGAAAAGCUCUACUCGGACCUAGAUAUGGUCGAGCUGUACCCCGGCCUCAUUAUCGAAGACAUCAAGCCCGUUCGCAACGCCGGCAGUGGCAUCUGCCCAAUAUACUCGGUCGGCCGGGCAGUGCUCUCGGAUGCCGUCACGCUUUACACUCUGGACGAUCCUAAGGCUCCGCCCCGACCCGUCGUUGUCUUCACCGCGCAGUCUAUUAAGCAUGUCCUCGACAACCCAAAGCAGUUCGUUGUGCCGUGGCUGCAGCCUAUCAGCGCCCUGUUUCCCGGAAAGAAGGAUCUGGGAUGGUUCAUGCUGGCGGGCGACCAGCCUCGCAACCUGGCACACCGGUCUAGCGUUGUUAGUGCCAUGAUGAAGAUACCCAACAUGCGCGACGCCGUAUACGAGUUCGUCGCGCGUGUCGGCUCGAAGCUCAUCGAGAAGGAGACCUUCACACUCGCAAAGGGCCUUAACUAG